AUAGUUGCAAGGACUGGUUACAAUUUUGAGUGUACAACUGGUCAGAGAAAGUACGGUGGACCCCCUCCUAAUUACGACAAAUCUCCACCGGGUCCUGGAACAGAGGUAUAUGUUGGUAAAAUUCCUCAAGAUGUCAUGGAGAAUGAGUUGAUUUUGUUGUUCGAGCAAGUGGGUACUAUAUAUGAGCUGAGACUAAUGAUGAACCCACAGAAUAGCUUAAAUAAAGGUUUCUGUUUCAUAACUUAUUGCGAGAAAUCUGAAGCCCAAGCAGCUGCAGAAACUUAUAAUAAUUAUGAAAUUCGACCAAGGAAAUUUAUAAAAGUGAAUGUUUCCAUACCAAACACACGUAUCUAUCUCGGUAAUCUGCCCAAGUUCAAAAAUAAGGAUCAGAUUUUUGAAGAAGUUUCUCAGUAUGUUGAGGGUCUUAAAGAUGUGAUAAUUUACGACAUCCCUGACGACCCCUCAAAGAAGAACAGGGGGUUUGCAUUCCUCGACUUUGACUCACAUAAGCAUGCAUCAGAUGCUAAGAAGAAGUUGAGCUCAGAAAACAUGCUGGUGUUCAACCACACAUGCGUCGUCGACUGGGCUGAUCCACAAGAUGAACCUAAUGAUGAAGUUAUGUCUAAAGUCAAAGUUUUGUACAUAAGGAAUUUAAAAUCAAAUGUUUUGGAGCAAGACUUGAGGACUCUGUUUGAACCAUUUGGCAGUUUGGAGAAAGUGAAGAAAAUUAAAGAUUAUGCAUUUGUACAUUACAAUGAGAGAGAGGCAGCUAUGAAGGCACUGGAGCAUCUCAAUAAUACUGUAUGUUGA